UAUUUUAAAUUUUGUAGAUCUCUGCCUAAAUUGGUUGUGAAUGUGAAGAAAAUGAACACCAAGAAAUCCAAUAGGUUCGCUCCAAACAAUACAAAUGAAUGGAAAACGAGAGGAUUCAAAACAUCUAAUACUACGACCGAUACAGUCGGUGAAAGCUGUAGUUUUCAAAACCAUGACCAGAAAAAAUUUGAAAACAGUUCAAAUUUCAAAUCAGAAUCUAGAGGAACAAAAUUUGCCUUUAAUGCUGCCAAAUCAAAAAGACCUGCGAUAGAAAACACUGAAGCUGAAGAUGCUACAAAAAAGCAACACAAGUUUUUCAAUUCUGAACAAAGUGAUGAUCUAUUGCAGGAUUCUUCAGCCUCCCAGAAUAAUAUGGAUACAUCUGAUAAAUCUGUAAAGCCUCCUAAGAAAAAAAAGAAGAAAAAUGUAGCUGAAGAUAAACUUCCUGAAACAACUGAUGAAACCAGUGAAUCAACUAACAACUCUAAAAGAAAGAAACAAAAAUUCCAGGGCUACACCUUGUUUAUUGGUAAUUUGUCAUAUGAUACGACAAAAGAGGAUGUGCUCCGUCAUUUUGCCAAAUGCGGUGCUAUAAAAAAUGUUCGGAUUCCAUUAGAAAAAGUAACCAAUCAACCCAGAGGUUUUGGUUACAUUGAAGUAGAAGAACACGUUACGUACGAGAACGUUUUGAGUAUGCAUCAUACUUUCCUGAAGAGAAGACGAAUUAAUGUAGAGUGUACCUUUGGUGGCAGCAAGACUAGUCAGAAAAGAAUGGCUUUGAUAAAAGAAAAAACGCUAAAAUUGAGAUUUCUCUCAAGAGAAGGCAAAAUCAGCUCGGCUAAGCAGCGACCUUGGGGGAAAUUUUCAACUCACACAGCUAUUGAUUAAAUUUAAAGAAAUACAUGCGCAAUCACCACAUUGCUCGUUGAACUCCAGAUAGUUUGUUGUAAUCUGCCAAGCUACGCCAAACAAUUCGACUCAGUCUCCAGCGCGUGACAACGCCUCUUGGACGGGACGUGAUGGCACAGCGAUUGCGGACGCGGGUUAAGCUCGCAUCACGAGGAAUCUCAGCUAGCAUUUUGGCACCAAUCUCCUUCAAAAAAAAAUAUUUCAAUAAGGAUUUCUUAAACUUGUUGUAUACUGUAAAGAAUAUAUCUAUGCUUAUCCUCUGAA